ACUUAAACCAGAAAUUAGUUUUUUCUUAUUCUUCUCUCCCUCUCAGACUCGGCUUCUGUUUUUCACUAUUCUCUUUGUAAAUCAGAUUCGCUCCUCUGUAAAUCAAAUCACAUCAUCACCAUUCACCAGCAGAAAACAAUCAACAUCAUCACCAGAAGAAAACCAACAGCGUAAGCAAGCUGUAAUACCAUGUUACUGAAGCCGCGGUAUAUGAAAACUGAAGUAGAAACUCCAAAGAGAAUAAGAGGUUUGGACAACUUCUAGCUGUCGAUCUUCGGAGUAUCGAGCCAGCACCUUGGGCAGGUGCUUCAUUAAUCCCACCAAUAUUGUAAAGCUAAUCCGUUAAGAAUUGGUUAAAACCGUAGUAACCGGGAAAAUAACCGAGCCGACUGGGAUCGGUUUCAAACCGAACCGAUCCAUCAGCAGUUCGGUGGCAGUUGUGCCUAAAAACCACACCGACCGACCGUUGUGCACCCCUAGUUCUUUGGUUUACUCGGAAGUUCCAUUCAUGGCUGCUACGAGGAGCAGGACAAGCAGUUUCUCUCGGAAUCAAUCCACUUCACCUUUAUCUCAGAUACAUGGAAUCAAGCCUGGACCUAAUGGAGUCACAUAUGUAUCCUCUGGAAUCCCAGACCUUGACAAGAUUUUAGGAGGUGGGUUUCCAUUAGGAAGUUUAGUAAUGAUAAUGGAAGAUGCAGAAGCACCACAUCAUUUAUUAUUAUUAAGGAAUUUCAUGUCGCAAGGACUUGUACAUAAUCAACCGCUUCUUUAUGCGAGUCCUUCCAAAGACCCAAGAGCUUUUCUUGGUACUUUACCUAGUCCCGUUUUGUCGAAAGACGAAAAAAGUCACAGCAGUAUUGAUCAAGAACAGGAGAAGGGUUUAAGGAUUGCUUGGCAGUACAAGAAGUAUUUUGGGGAGAAUCAACAAAAUUCCGAUAGAAAUGCAACUGAGUACUGCAACGAAUUUGACUUGCGCAAACCACUCGAGAGGCAUAUAUUGAAUGCACAGCGAAUUGAGUGUUUUAGUAUCCAAGAGUCGCCAAGUCUUUCAGCUUUUCGUGAUCGAUGUUCUUCAUUCGUAACUCAAACUUCAAGGAAUGAUGGUGGAACUAUAAGUCCAAGUCGAAUUGCCAUACAAUCAUUCUGUGCUCCACAGUGUUGCUAUUCUGAGAUGGAUUGGGACAUGCUCUCCUUUAUUAGGUCUCUGAAAAGCAUGGUACGGUCUUCAAAUGCAGUUGCAGUGAUUACUUUUCCGCCAUCGCUUCUUUCAUCUUCCUUCUCUAAGAGAUGGCAGCAUAUGGCAGAUACCUUGCUUGCAGUCAGAGCAAUCCCAGACGAGGACAAAGAGUUGGCGAAACUCCUGACUGGCUACCAGGAUAUGGUUGGUUUUCUUCAUGUGCACAAAGUUGCCCAGAUCAAUACACAGGUUCCUGUAAUUCUCGAGGCAACAACAUUCUCGAUAAAGCUCCAACGGCGUAGAUCUUUGGUCCUAGAGAGGCUAAACCAAGCCCCAGUUGACGGUUCAAGUGGUAGUUCACACGGUGUAUCAGGCAGCUGCGGUGGUGGUUCAAAGUCAUCCAUCCUUGAUUUUUAGUUCUAUAAUCUCAAUGAUGAAAACAAAAAUUUGGGUGUUCAACCCCUGGCGAUGUUUGGUUCAAUAUUUGGAGUGCACUGAUUUUUGCAAAGUAAUCAUAGAAUCCCAGGACACAGUAUCUUUCUCAGGCAUUGAAUCAAACAUCUUCUUAGCAGAAACAAUCCCAAGCUUCCCACACUUGGAAUAAGUAUCAAUCAAAGAGUUUGGCACAAAAAUAUCAUAAUAGAAACCAAAUUUCUCAAUAUGGGUGAACUUGACGAAGAAGAAGAUGAUUAGACCCCAGAACAACAAGCUUUCAACAGAAUUGGGUUUGUAUAAUAAUCAGGAAACAGAACAUUCUCCUGCAAAUCAAAGAAAGUAGAGAAAGCUGCUGGAUACUGAGAAUUAUGAGCAAAAGCUCUCAUAAGUGUUGUAAAGAUGAACAUUUGGUUCUUGGAUUUGGUUAAAAAUCUUAACAUUUGAUGACAAAUUGAGUUUAGGUGCUGCAAAUGGGUCUUGAUGAAGAUUUGCUUUCAUGAUUUGUGCUUGCAUUUCUUUUAAAUGCUUAAUGUUUGAACAUUUCUGAAGAUCCAUUAACGUUUGCUCAAACAAUAUUCUUGAGGACACCCAUGUGGGUGCUCUGCAACUUGUUGAACACAGUAUUUCAUUGUAAUCUUCUCAACAUAUGAAUUGAGAAUGAAGAUGAUAAGGUUACUUUUA